CAGCAAUCGCAAGCGCACGGGCAGUCAGUGGCCCGCAAGUCGUCGCGACGCGCGCUCCGCUCUCCGAGCCGCUCUGUACCACGACGCACCCGACUUAUUUAGCGAACGCACUUCACUUAGAACUCUAUCGUAGAUGCGAACGAAAAUACCGAUUUAUUGAAUUAAAAUAAAAAGGAUUAUUUUUAAAUAUCGUCUCUUAUAGAGGAACCGAACUUCAUAUUAUCAAACACGUGUAUAUAUAAAGUUGGCGCGAAUAGAAUACGGUGUUGCUGAUCCACGUUUUUCACUCCGAGUGAAUAAAUAAUUAGCGGGCGACGAAGACGUCGCGAGAAAUUUCACUUUUUACCGGCAAGGAUCGCCUCCUUGCCUUGUCUACGGACUGUCUAUACCAAAUGGAACGGAGAUAAUACAAUUAAACCAAGUAGUGUAUGAUGCGAAGUCAGCUCAGGAGGCGAAUGAUGAGCGCAUUAUCAAUAUCCAAUUAUAAACAUAAAGCUUCGUAAAUGUUACGCAGAAAAUCAGAACUAUAUUUUUGCCGGUAAUAGUGUGGUGAAAAGAAAAACAAGUGAAAUUUCAAGACUAAUUAAAAAAAGAAACGUGGACUCAAAAUGCGUGUUUCUAAGUGUCGGGUGCUGAGAAUUAUGGAUGUGCGGUGUUUGUUAUUCAAACUGUUAUUGUUUCAAAUGCUGGUGGCCUGGUGUGCCGCUAAGCAUGUUACGAUACAAUUGAAGGAUGCCGGAGAAGUGGAAAAAGGGGUCCAGGAAAGCAUAAGAAACAUGCUAACUGGUAUCUACUCUCACCAACACCUGGACCCAUCGCAAGUGCAAGUGGUGCACCCUGUGAAGGUGACGCGUCACGGCGAGCUGGUCUCGCAUGCGGUGGAGCACGCUCACGAACAUGGGCACGCGCGCGCCAGACGGGACCUGCACUACACGGAGCAGCACCAGCCUCAUGUCGUGCAUUACAACCUCACUGUUGAUGGAAAGGAUCUCAGGCUGGACCUGAGGCCAUCAGUGACGUUCAUAACUCCAGCGAUGGUGGUGGAGCGUCACAAGGUGGGCGAACGCUCGCGGGACCCGCCGCGCCCCGAUGCCACUGCGUGCCACUACACUGGCUCUGUGAGGGGCCAGCCCUCGUCUAGCAUCGCUCUCUCCGCCUGUGAUGGACUUGCGGGUCUCUUGUGGACGGAGCAUGGCGAGUAUUGGAUUGAACCGUCCAACCACGUCCCCAUUGACAGCUCACAACCAAGGCCACAUGUUAUAUUUAAACGAUCAGCUGUUGACAAAGUGAAGGCAUGGCACAGAGCUAAGAGGGAAGUUGACAGCAAAACGAGGACCAACGAUCAAAUUCAGAGGACUAACUAUGAGAAAAACACUCAACAAUAUAACAAACGACCACGACCAAACCCAAAACGACGUUUAAGUAAGGAAGCAAUGGACAAACGCAGGCGAGAAUACCUGGAACGAAGGCAAAAAAUGAUGGAAAUGAUGAGGAAGGAUCCGGCACAGUUCAGGAGACAUCAAGCAAUGCGCCGGAUGGAAGAAAGGAGGUUACAGUCCAAUUCGAAGAGUGGUUCAGUAGAAAAUAGUAAGUCUACGGAUCAAGCAUCACUGGAGAAUAGAAAACGAAACAGGUCGAGGUUGAGUAAUGAGCAAAGGUUACGAAGGAUCAGGAACAGACGACGAAGAAAGAGAUCGAAAAAUUGCGCAACGAAGCAACCGUCAUACAUUUGGAAGGAAAAAAACAUGCAGAGUCAGGAACAGAAACAUUACGAUAGUAAAGACAUCAAGAACCAUCGGCGGUAUCCCCAUCACCGCUAUGCUUCACACACCAAUUCGAAGCGAACCACGAGAUCUGUCAGCAAGCCGCGUCAUGUUGAAGUUCUCUUGGUAGCUGAUCACUCUAUGACGGAUUUCCACAACCAGAGCAAUUUAGAAACUUACCUGCUAACUAUUAUGAAUAUGGUAUCUUCGCUCUACAUGAACCCUUCAAUCGGCAACUACAUAAAAGUGGUUGUGGUCAAAAUCAUCUUAGUGGAAGAAAUAGAAGCGGCUCCGGAUCUAGAAGUAUCGACGGAUGCGGAUGGGACGCUGGCGUCUUUCUGUCGCUGGCAACACCAACGGAACCCGGAUAAUGAUGACAACCCUCACCAUCAUGAUGUAGCUAUCCUUGUUACCAGGCAAGAUAUAUGCAGUCAGCACGACGCGCCUUGUAGUACUCUGGGAGUCGCGCACGUGGCGGGGAUGUGUAAGCCGGACCGCAGCUGUUCUGUCAACGAAGACAACGGCAUCAUGCUCGCUCACACCAUCACACAUGAGUUGGGACACAAUUUCGGAUUGUACCACGACACCGAGAAGAUUGGCUGCCACCGGCGCGAAGGCUCGACACUACACAUCAUGACGCCGAUCUUCGAGUCGGAUACAGUGCAGGUCGCCUGGUCUAGGUGCAGCAAGCGAGAUGUUACCAACUUCUUAGACGCGGGAUUAGGCGAAUGCUUGAGCGAUCGACCAUCUCAAGAGCCGCUGUACGUCUACCCCGAAGUCCCAGCCGGUGUAACAUUCGACGCGGCGAGUCAAUGCCACUUACAGUUCGGAGCCGAAGCGGUUGUGUGCGCGAAGCCGCCCGAGCUGUGCGAACAUCUGUGGUGCCAAGUGAACUACACGUGCAAGACCAUGCUGCGGCCCGCCGCGCCCGGAACCACUUGUGGACCAAAUAUGUGGUGUCAGAAUCAAACGUGCGUAGCUCGCACUCCAUCCCCCGUACCACGAGACGGCGGCUGGGGCCCGUGGUCGGAGUGGAGCGAGUGUUCCCGAACGUGCGGCGCCGGCGUCUCCACGCAGUCCCGCGAGUGCAACAACCCAGAACCGCAUAACAAUGGGAACUACUGCAUCGGUGACAGAAGCCGGUAUAAGAUCUGCAAUAUCGAUCCGUGUCCUAUCAACGAGCCAUCGUUCCGGGAAGUGCAGUGCUCCAAACAUAACAACAUGACAUAUAGAAAUGAAACUAUCUCCGAGUGGAUACCAUACUUCGAUCAAGACAAACCGUGCGAGUUACAAUGCGUGUCUCGCGACGGCAGUGAUGUGGAAAUGCUGGGCGGGUUCGUCGCGGACGGCACGCCUUGCCGACAGAGUGUGGGGGCUCGGGACAUGUGUAUCGCAGGUGUAUGCUACAAGGUCGGUUGUGACUGGAUUGUUGGUUCCGAGACUGAAGAAGACAAAUGUGGAGUUUGCGGAGGAAACGGAUCAGCUUGCAAAACGGUUCAAGGCAUUUACAGCAAAGACACCACCAGGCAGUCAGAAUUCAGUGAAGUCGCCAUCAUACCAGCCGGUUCGAGAAACGUGAAAAUACAAGAGAAAGUGAAUCCAGGCAAUUACAUAUUUAUUAGAAGCGAGAAAUCGAAGAAAAUGUACCCAAGCGGAGCCAGAAAUGCUACUUUGUCGGAAUACUUUGUAGCUGGGACCCAGGCUAUUUACGAACGAGACCGUGAUUGGGAGAAAGUACGAAUUAUAGGACCACUCGCGGAAGAUAUUAAAGUUUAUCAAAGGAUAUACCGCGGCAGGCACCGGAAUCCGGGCGUAACGUACCAAUACACGGUAGACAGUCAGCGAGUACAUCCUAGAUACCGGUACCGGGUGUCCGAUUGGUCGCCUUGCUCGGUCACGUGCGGCAUCGGUAACAUGCGACGCCAUCUUGAAUGCUAUGAUGAACAUAAUCGUGCGGUGGAACUAUCCCAAUGCUACCACAUCGAGCCGCCGCGACACGAGGCGCUGAUGCAGCAGUGCCGGGCGCCCGCCUGCCCCGCGCGAGAGAUACACACGCACUGGUGGGUCGGCGCAUGGAACCCCUGCUCCAAGCCCUGCCACAUGCCCGGUGAGGAAGCCACAAAGCAACGCAACGUAUACUGCGUGGACAAAAUAACGAACAAAGUAAUCGAUGAAUCCGAGUGCGACCGCCUUAUUAAACCGAUAAGCACUAUCAAAUGUGCAGACGUACCUGCGUGUUAACGGUGACCGACACCAUGGAAAAAUCCAUACGGAACACAACUGUCCAAGAGGUUUAUAAAUAGGAACAAUGAAACAUAUCGCAGAGCGACAUGAAAGUGUUCGAUUAUUAACAGUCAAGUCGUUCCUUCAGAGCAAGCCUGUAGAGUACCAUCUGCAAUCAUAUCCCCGAGAUGAGGCACAGAGGGGAACGACAAACAUGGAAUAAUAAGACAAAUGCAUUUGAAAGGGAAGGGUUAGGGAUGUGACGUGUAAAGUGUAGGACUCAAUGAGCCACGCUGAGGUGGGAAUGUGAAAUGUGUGACUGAGAUCCAGUGUUUUAUACUUGUUGCGUAUUCUUCGUAAUAUGAAAUAACCCAUCGAAUAGACAUUAAUCAGUUACGUGUAAGUACUCGAAUAGUACCGUCGUGGUGUCGAGCGAAUCUCGCGAGUACGUUAAACAAUGCUCUGCAAUUACCACUUACUGCCAUAUUAUAAGUAAAUAGGUAUAACAUAGUCUUCGCUUAGUUAUUAACUACUAAUAAUAUUUUAUAUUCUGUAACAUCAGUAUUAAAGUGGUGUAUGUAUUUCUUUAAAAUAACGCAAAUUAACGUAAUGUGAACGAGUAUAAGUAUAAUAUAAAUUUUUGGACCAAAAAUAUUUUAGAAAUCAAAUUCACGUUGCCAUAAUCACUGUUACUGCCAAUAUGACACUUGUAUGAUAUAAGUAGGUAUUUACUUAAGUUUUUACUGUACGAUGUAUUAUUGAAUGAUUCAUAUUUUUGUACAAAUGAAUUAUGAGUGUUUUGUAAUAUGAUGAUCAAAUGAAAACUUAUUGUCCCAGUUGGUAUCCAUAUUUAGAGCUGAAAUCUGUUAAAUCGCUUGUUUUGCAUACCUGUAGACAAUAAAUAAUCAGCUAGUCAACAACUUAGGCAUUUGUAACCCAGUUUAUACACAGUUGUAUUGUGUUUAAAUCCAUAUAUCAAUCGAAUAACAUAGGUUAGUAUAGUACCUAUUGCAUAUACAGUAAGGACCUUUAUGUUAGAUGCGUUAACUUGUAAAUGUCUUCAAUUAAUAAUUUGUGUGUAUGAAAAUAUGGACUAAAUACAAUUGUGCCUAUUUCUGGAACAAAGCCGAUAAUAUUUAUAAAUAUUACAUCUUUAGUGUCCUUUUUCAUUGUGACUAUGCAUAAUUUUAAAACAUUAGUAAUACAUUUAUUUAUCACCUACCUAAUUUUAAGAAUAAUAUCAAUGUACCUUGAGUUUCUCGUGAUCUGAUGUUCCCGUUCUAAGUUACAUCAGACACACGUCGAUCAAUUGAUACACAAUUUUAAUUUUGAAUUAAAGUGCUUAGAAACUAACCCUUAAUGUGCACGAAUUACGUAUUAAAUAAAUUGAUUAUAAGAUUACUGUCGAAUAAUUAAAUAUUGUUUUUUUAUCAAUUAUAAUUGUGUAUUUAAUUAGAUAUGGCAAUAAAAUCGUGCAUUGUUUUAAA